CUCGCGUCAGCAUCAUCAAACCUACCGCCACCAGCUAGUGGUGGUCGGGCCAAUUUAUUGAGCGAGAUACACGCUGGUAUAGCAUUGAAACCGGUGAAUGCACACACGCAUAAUGCUGAUCAUAGUGGCAGUACUGGUGGAGGGACACAUGAUGAUGUAUUGGCACAGAUACGGCAGGGAACAAAUCUGAAGCCGGUACGGGAGUUUUUGUUUGUUUGUUUUUUUUUUUUGAAAAUGUAG